CUGUGGUGUCCUCCUGCUUAGGGUUGGCUUUAGGUAGGCCUCGGCGUUAUCUAUUGGGCGGUGCUCUCUCCGCGGCCGAGGCGAGGUGAGGUUGUUGUUGCUGAGGUGAGGUCUAAUAAACGGUAAAGUGCUACUUCCCGUUCUGGAGACUCUGAGGACAGCAGGGUGCGGUGGCGUGGUGUCGGAGAGGAGCCCGACCCGCACGGGGAACCCAUCCUUGCCAGCGAAGCGGGAGGCUCGCCGCCUUCGGGUUUGGCGGGCGGCUUGGAAAACGCAGUGGAGCGGAGGCACGGCCGUGGUGGCCCUCCGACAGCUCCUCCAGUGAGGCUCCAAGAACACGGUGGAGCCCUUGACCCGGUGAAACCCAGCCUUUAUACACCGUCCCUCACUCUCGUGCAGCGGGGCUGGAGAAGGGAUCGCGGGCAGUUUUCACCCUCAUUUUCAGUGCACACCGUAACGUGAAGCACUUCCUAAGCAGCGGGGAGCCCGAGCCUGUUAAAUGGGGGUGCAGGACAUGGACUGCAGUGUAAAACCCAGAAGCAGAACUAGAAGGUUUAGCCACUGACCCAUUUCACAGAGUAUUUCAUUCAUUCAUGGAUCAAAAGAUGGCAUUGGUUUUUAUUUUUAAAGAUUCUGUCAGUCAUCUGGUACAACUAUAAAUAUUCACCUGAUGAAGAUGGAUGGACUUAUCAUUAAUUUGGACUAGUGGUCAGUUCUAAAAGUUUCUUCAACCAGCACUUAAAUAUUCAGGUAUAUUCUCCAAUCAAAGUGAUUCAGCUCCUUGAUAAAUUUAAUUCUGAAGACUUUGAUGUUUAUAAACAACGCCAGAAGAUGGGAGAAAAAAAUGGUGAUGCAAAAACUUUUUGGGCGGAGCUGGAAGAUGAUGGAAAAGUAGAUUUCAUAUUUGAACAAGUGCAAAAUGUGCUACAAUCACUGAAACAAAAGAUCAAAGAUGGAUCUGCCACAAAUAAAGAAUAUAUUCAAGCAAUGAUUCUAGUGAAUGAAGCAGCUAUAAGUAACAAUUCAACACUGAUAAAGGAUCAUGUGUCUGUGGUCCAGAGUAUACAUGAAAACAAGUCAAAUUCACUGCCCUCUGCAUCAUAUAAAGACUGCUUUCCAGAUGACUAUAUAUAUCUAUCUACAAAAAAUAAGGAAGUCUCUCCUUUGGAAAAUAAAGUUGCAGACUUUAGAGAGAAAGAAUCAUCUUUGAGUUUGCCUUACCAAAGUCAUGACUGCUCUCGUGCCUGUCUGAUGAAAAUGCCAUCAACUUUCAGAGGAGAAAACCCUCUGCAGCUACCAAUCAAAUGCCACUUCCAAAGAAGACAUGCAAAGACAAAUUCUCAUUCUUCAGCGCUCCAUGUGAGUUAUAAAACUCCUUGUGGAAGGAGUCUACGAAACAUGGAAGAAGUUUUUCGUUACCUGCUUGAGACAGAGUGUAACUUUUUGUUUACAGAUAACUUUUCUUUCAAUACCUAUGUUCAGUUGACUCGGAAUUAUCCAAAGCAAGAAGAUAUUGUUUCUGAUAUGGAUAUUAGCAAUGGAAUGGAAUCAGUACCUAUUUCUUUCUGUAAUGAAAUUGACAAUAGAAAGCUUCCACAGUUUAAGUACAGAAAGACUAUGUGGCCACGAGCAUAUUACCUGAACAAUUUUUCCAACAUGUUUACUGAUUCAUGUGACUGUUCUGAGGGCUGUAUAGACAUAACAAAAUGUGCAUGUCUUCAACUGACAGCAAGGAAUGCCGAGGCUUGCCCUUUGUCAAGUAAUAAAGUAAUCACUGGAUAUAAAUAUAAAAGACUGCAGAGACAAAUAUCUACUGGCAUUUAUGAAUGCAACUUCUUGUGCAAGUGUAAUCGACAAAUGUGUCAAAACCGAGUUGUCCAACAUGGACCUCAAGUGAGGCUACAGGUGUUCAAAACUGAGAAGAAGGGAUGGGGAGUACGAUGUCUAGAUGACAUUGACAGAGGCACAUUUAUUUGCAUUUAUUCAGGAAGAUUACUAAGCAGAUCUAACUCUGAGAAACCUAAUGCUUUUGAUGAAAACAGAAAAGAGAAUAUUACAAAAAAUAAUUUCUCAAAAAAGAGAAAAAUAGAAAUUGCAGAUUGUGAGGUUGAAGUUAUCCCAUUAGAAUUGAAAACAUGUGCUAGAAGUGCUGAGACUGAGACGUGUUCAUCUAAAUUCAGCAAUAAUCCACAGAAGUCCAUUAUAAAAAUGAAAUGUAACUCUGUGACAAGAAUUCAAUGUCAUUCAGUCAUUAGAAGUCCUAAAGCCAAGACAGUCAUAAUUCAGCCCAAUGGAAAAAAGAUGGGAUUUGCUUCUGCAGAAUCCGUCAUCUCACAAAAUAGUGAUGAAUGUAAACUAGCCCAAAUAUAUCCAAAGUCUAAAGACAACGAAAUGAAAGAGGAUACAAGCUCAAACCCAGUUGAAGAUUCUGAAGACAAUCUGCUGAUUGAAUCAGAUGUGAUAGAUAUAACUAAAUGUAGAGAAAAAACUCCACCAGGGGGCAGAUGUAAUAACCAAGCAACAACAUUGGAUAAUCUGAGUUUUAGAAAGGAGUUGGCAGUUCAAACACAAAAGCCCCAACAGGAAGUGUCUCCAGCAUAUCAGAACCAGCACGUCUUUUGUGAUAAAGAGUUGCCAAGUGAAAUCAAGAAUACUUCAUUUGAUUGUCUAAAAAAAUUCAAUAAAGGGAAUGUGUUUUUAUUGGAUGCCACAAAAGAAGGAAAUGUGGGCCGCUUCCUUAAUCAUAGUUGUUGCCCAAAUCUUUUGGUACAAAAUGUUUUUGUAGAAACACAUGAUAGAAAUUUUCCAUCAGUGGCAUUCUUCACUAACAGGUAUGUGAAAGCAAGAACAGAACUAACAUGGGAUUACGGUUAUGAAGCUGGGACUGUGCCUGAGAAAGAAAUUCUAUGCCAAUGUGGAGUUAAUAAGUGUAGGAAAAAAAUAUUAUAAAUCUGUAGCUAAUGCUUAUUUAUAAAAUUAACUUACCAAGCUGAAAUUAGUGCCAUACAAAAGAACCUUCAGUCAUCAGUGGAAUUAACUAAGGUUGUGAUCCACCAAGAGAAUUCCACUCUGGUUACCCUCAUUUGGACGGGGAGGGAAUGGUUUGUGUGAUUUAGAAAUGCUGGGAACAAAGUAAGAACAUUUUCUUAUGAGUAUCUCUUUUUCUUUUUGCUGUUUAACUUUACAUGAGUUGGAUGGAAGUGUAUAUUUUAUAUGAAAAUAUCACUGUACAAUUUGUAACUUAUUUGUAAAUUAUAUAUUAAGAAAAACAGUUGUCAUAGUAGAACUUAGUUCUUAGUUGCUUUUGUGAUUAUCUUUGAGUCAGUGCCCUGAAAAGGCCAAAUUUCACAUCUGUAUCUACAAAAUUUGUUUAAUUCUUGGCAAAAUAAUUUACCAUUAUGAGCCCAUAUAGUGGGAUACAAAGUUUGAGGAGUAUGUAAAAACUGACUUUAUGCUUAUUACUCACAAGCAAUUUAACAGUACUUGGAGAAGCAUGUGCUGGGUCCACGAAGCAUUGAACCAUGAAACCACUUCAGAGAUUAUGGUGACUCUUUAAAGUGAAAACUUCCAUAGCAUCUCUUUAUACAAUACAAACACAAAAAAGUGGGACUAGAAACCUGGAGGAAUUAGAAUUUUUUUUUGUUAUUUAGGCAAGAAUUUCACUUAUAAAAACAAAACCAAGCAAUUCUACUGAGCUGCAAAGUCAGAAACAGUCCCUUGGACUCCCUGGACAUGAUGUGUAGUGUUUUAGAGAAAAAGAAGAAGAGUACUAUGAUUACCUUCUGUUGAUCAAUUAAAGGAAAAGGGACUGAUCAAAAUUAAUUUUAUCCAUAACAAGAUGUACUCUAGUUACCAAGAACUUCCCUCUUGGAACCAGAUUACUUACUCAAAAGGGAGUAAUUACAAUUAGUUUUGCUUUGGGAGAGAUUAUAUGGUAGGUUCACCCCCCCCCAUUUGAUUCUAAUUUGUUACCUUUCAAACAAAAUAUACUCUACGAUUAGAUCUAAUUUAAUGUAUUUGAAAUUAUGAACUAGAUAAAAUUUAACUUGCAUUUCGGAGAAUUGGAAACCAAAGAACUAGGAACAGGAGCAAAAGAUAACAGCUUGCAUAUAGAGGAAGUUGAAAGUUUCUUUUAGAAGAUUCAUAAUAAAAAUGCAGGAAUUUGGGUCCUCCCUGGUGGCGCAGCGGGCUAAAGCACUGCACUACAAAG